CCAAAUGUAAACAAACAACUUUUGCUACCGGGUGUGUGAGUUUUGUGCGGACCGUGCGAGCAGUUUCCAAACGUAUUUCAUCGGUUAAUAUCAAAUUUUCAUAAUCAUGACACUACCCGAGGCGCUUCUGAAGCGCCUGGCCAAACGUGGAAUCAUACCGGAAGGUAGCGGUAAGCAAACUGCAUCCGGAACGAAUGAAGCUCACCCAGCGAAAGGACCAUCCACCGUCGACGGUGCUGAUUCUGACCGGGAUCGCGAACGAGAAUCCGACAACAACUACUCGACCGACCGAGAUUCGGACCAAGACUCGGAUCGUGACGAUGCAGACGAGGAUCGGCGUGAGCCGGAAGCCGUCAACGAGGAAAUCAUUGCCGAAGAUUACGACGAGUACGACCAGGUGAACCCGGACACGUUCGAGUAUGCGGCCAAAAAGAAGGCCAAUCCUGCGCUGGGAUGGACGGAAAAGAUGAAGCAGAAGAUGACCAAACGGUACGGCUACCAGUCGGUGGACGGAUGCCAGAACAAGUACAACGUCUAUCACCUCUGCACGAUGUACUGCGUCAAGCGGUACGGCGAGAUAGAGUUCGACAUCGAGAAGGAGUACGAGAAACGCGUCAAGCGACUGCUCGAACGCUAUCCGCUGCCGAAGAAUUGGCGCAAAGAGUACGACAUCGGGUGCAAAGCGUUCUAUUUCUACAACAAGGAUACGCGUGUGGUAUCGUGGUUGCCACCGACCCACCCGGACGCCAAGCUUACCAAAAGCGCCAAACUGCUGCGCCGCGAGUUGAUGGAGGAGCAGAAACAGAAGGAAGCGGCCAGUGAAGCCGCUCCGCCAACGGUCGUUGUGGAAAGCUAUCCACCGGCCGCCAUCAUACCACCCGCGAAACCGCUCAUAGGACCAGCCAAUACAGCUCCACCGAUGGCCAGCAGCGCAGCGGGGACGGGCCCGGGUGGAGAAAAUCUAAAACCACCCAUUGUGAAUCCUCCGAAGCGUCCGCUUAAAACGCCGGGCAGUAGGGAUGCGAAUGAGAAGCGACCGCGCACAUUCUCGUCCGGGAAUGAAGCCAUCGGCGAUACGGCAAUAUCCGAGAGUGAGCGGGAUCGUGAGUAUCGCUCGGAUCGUAAUCGUGACCGGCGUGAUCGGGAACGGCGGGAUCGCGAUCGUAGUCCGGCAGCAAGAGGUGACGACAAUCGAUUCGGUGAGCGCGAUCGAAACCGUGAUCGGGAUCGCGACCGGGACCGCGAAUAUCACCAUCGUGACCGUCGCCCGCCACGUGGACCACCAAAGUCCGCCCCACUAGACCCGAUGGAUCCGGCCGCCUACUCCGACAUACCUCGUGGAACUUGGUCAGCCGGACUGGAGACGGCCUCCUCCGCGGGUGGCACGAAAAAAGAAAAGGACGAACGUAAAAACAAGCAAUCGAAGGCGGCCGAGGACAACGACGAGGAUGGCUCCGGUGCUGAUGGAGAGGGUGGUGGUGGCGGUGGUGCGCACGAGGUGCUUAAAAUAUCGGCCGUGAAAGAAUUUCACCAGGAAGAACAGGAUGACCCGGGCCAAGAUACGGAUUGAGCAAUCGAUUGCUUCCCAAUGACAUUUUCACUAUCCAUUUAUUGCAACGAUACACCUUGCGGGUGUAUUUGUGACGGUGGCCUUGUAAGCUUUUUUUUUUCUCUGUCCAAGAAACGGGCCCUUGAUCCUGGUUUCGAGGCAGGAUUUUUGUAUGUUUGUUUGAAAUCUAUCUAACAGCAGCAGCAGGGGGAUCGUUAAAAGCGGUAUCAACUCUUCUUCAGCCCCAUUUGCAUCCUUUGGAUGCAUGCGCGCCCGAUUUGCACUUGAUUCGUGUUUGUAGUUUAACAAUACAUCUACAGCCUACGGUAUCUAUAGCUCUAUAGAAAUCUGUGUCCGGCCCCGUCGCGUUUUCCAUCGGCCCGUAUCAACUAAAUAGAACAGCUCCACUCCAGCUACCGAUGUGUUUUUGUCAGAGUAAUUGCUUCACUCACCUGAAUCUUUCCCGUGUUUCGAUUCCAAUUUUAUUGGUUUGAAACUAACGAUUCCUUCCCGUACAGCUCCGGGCAACCGGGUCCGUGUGUAUCGGCUUCACUAGGGCUAACUUAAUCCGCGCACAUGUUUUUUUUAUGGCAUUUUGUUCCCUUGCACGCUUUGCCCAGGGCCAUCUGAACGUGGCCGUGUUCCCGCAGCGCGCUUAAUGCGAUAAUCUUACGUUUUAAAAGAAUUUGCGCGCUUUAACAACAUAAUAAUAGAAACAAUAGCAAACGACGCGUACGAAGAAUAAACUAAUACGAAGGAUCGUCGACAGUGGUGUAAAAAUAAAAUCAACAAGUGUACAAUACAUGCUAGUUUGGGUGAGGGGGUUCGUUGCACAUGUUUCUACAAAACUUAGAGUCGAGUGGCAAACGCUACUCUAUAAGAAGUGUUGUGUGACUUUUGGCCAACGGGUUUGCGGGUCCGUUAAAUUGCGAGUGAAGCAGCUGAAUAGCUACCGUCUAUUGCAUUUUUGUGUCCGUAUUGCUUUGUCCCUGGUUCUCGAUCGAAAUUAAAAUAAUAAAAAUGAAACUAAAACAAAA